AUGGCAAAAUUAGAGAUUAGGAAUUCAGAAAAUUCCAGUUGUUUUGAUCAAGUUAUAGACAAUAUAACUCUUAUAGAUGGUGAAGGUAAUCAAUACAGUAUCUAUGUUAAUGGGUACGAUGACAGCCUUGGUUUAUGGUAUAUGCAAUCGCAAGGUCAUACAGAAGGAUAUAAAAUAACGGGGUUGAAUGAUUUGAUAAGAGAUUUCUUUAACUUUAGUAUCAGUGAGGGUAGUCAGUUAAGUGAAACAUUUGCCAGAGUAGAUGGUAACAAUAUCAGUAAAGACAGUGGUAUAGUGAAUAAAUUAAUGAGUCAUUACACUUCACAGGCGCAUGACUUUUUCACUGGCGUGGAGAAGCAAUACAAUGCUAUGAGCGAUGAUUAA